AGAGGGAUGCGCGGCGGCGGCGCGCGCGGCGCUGGACCUGGAGAAGGAGAACGAGAGAAGAAGGCGAGGGCGAGGAAGGCGCUUGGGAGCGGCGCGGCGGGGAAAGCAGCGGGGGCGGGGGGCGCCUCCCUCCCUCCUUCCUUCUUUCCCAGCUGGCACCGCACUCCGGGCCUCGCCGGCUGGCCGGCUCCCUCCCCGUCUGUCUAUGUCUUUUUCUGACUCCAGCGCUACCUUCCUGCUCAACGAGGGCUCUGCUGAUUCCUACACUAGCCGCCCAUCAUUGGACUCCGACGUGUCGCUAGAGGAGGAUCGUGAAGGUGUGAAGCGCGAAGUGGAGAACCAGGCCCAGCAGCAGCUUGAAAAAGCCAAGAGCAAACCGGUUGCAUUUGCUGUCCGUACUAAUGUCAGCUACUGUGGUGCAUUGGAUGAAGAAUGUCCUGUGCAGGGAUCUGCCAUCAACUUUGAAGCCAAAGACUUCUUGCAUAUUAAAGAGAAAUACAGCAAUGACUGGUGGAUCGGGCGGCUAGUGAAGGAGGGGGGAGACAUCGCCUUCAUCCCCAGCCCACAGAGGCUGGAGGCCAUACGGCUGAAACAGGAGCAAAAAGCCAGGCAAUCUGGGAAUCCUGCCAUCAGCAACCGGCGAUCGCCUCCCCCGUCAUUAGCCAAGCAGAAGCAAAAGCAGACAGAGCACAUCCCUCCAUAUGAUGUGGUUCCUUCCAUGCGGCCAGUGGUGCUGGUGGGGCCCUCACUGAAAGGAUACGAGGUGACAGACAUGAUGCAGAAAGCUCUUUUUGAUUUCUUGAAGCACAGAUUUGAUGGCAGAAUCUCCAUCACACGUGUUACAGCAGACCUGUCCCUGGCCCAGCGCUCGGUGCUCAACAAUCCUGGGAAACGGGCCAUCAUUGAGCGAUCUACAACCCGUUCCAGUAUUGCUGAAGUCCAAAGCGAGAUUGAGCGGAUCUUUGAAUUGGCUAAGUCCUUGCAAUUGGUAGUGCUGGAUGCAGACACCAUCAACCACCCAGCCCAGCUGGCCAAAACCUCUCUGGCUCCCAUCAUUGUCUAUGUCAAAGUUUCUUCCCCAAAGGUGUUGCAACGCCUUAUUAAGUCCAGAGGGAAAUCACAGGUGAAGCAUCUUAAUGUUCAAAUGAUGGCUGCUGACAAACUUGUCCAAUGUCCUCCGGAACUCUUUGAUGUGAUCCUAGAUGAGAACCAGCUGGAGGAUGCUUGUGAACAUCUGGCUGAGUAUCUGGAGGUUUACUGGCGAGCAACCCACCACCCUGCACACAGCCUAGGGAGCCAAAAUCUCCUGACUCCUUCCACUGCCAUUCCUGGCCUGCAGAGCCAGGCCCCAAUGGGUGAGCACGAGAGUGAGCGCUCCCCGGUGGAGCAUGAUAGUUUGAUGCAACCUGACGAAGUGAGUGAUGCCUCGCGCAAGACAUGGACGGCAUCCUCUCAGCGCAGCUCCCGGCACCUGGAGGAUGAAUACUCUGACGCCUACACUGACCUGUACCAGCCUCAUCGCAACCACAACAGUGGCCUCCGCAGCACCAACGGCCAUGACUCGCAGGACCGUCUUCUGGAGCGCGACUCUGAGCACAAUCACAAUGACAGAAACUGGCAACGCAACCGGCCCUGGGCCAAAGAUAGUUAUUGAAACUUCCUGGCCAGGCAUCCAGGGACACAAGACACAGCUGCUGCUGUCUUUGCCAUCUCCCAAACUGAAUUAAUCUCAAGCCUUUGUCUCUUUCACUUUGUAGCUGAGCCCCACAGAGUGCAGGUCCUGCCCCAAUACACAGGUGCUAUCUAGGGAAGCCCAGACGUAGCCAUGGCUGCCUAAAAGAGCUUGGGUGAUUUGUCUGGUCCUCCUUCACUUUGGAUUAUGAAGGCCAUGGUAAUAUCUUUGCAGGGUAAACUUCAUAUCCCGGUUCCAUUUUGGGUGGGGUGGGGAGGUUAGGAGUAGCAUUGGGCUUCUGAGGAAGAAAAUUUUUCCAAAAGAGAAGCUGAUUGCAGCUCCUUUUUUAACUGAGCAGGAGAUCAGAGCUGAAGAUUACAAGGGAGAGAGUAAGCCAAGCAUGUAGAGACCUUAGGAUGAGUUUACUUCUUCCAAGCGGGAGGCCCAGAGCCCCACUUUUUGCCUAGCUAUACGGUUAGACUUGCGUGCACAUGUCCCAAGAUCUGUCCGGAAAUUGAGGUUGGUGUAGAUAACUAAGAUUUCUAAUUAAGAGGGAUGCGCUCUAGAAAUUGAUAUGAACAGCUAAUGCUGACUCAAUUACAGGGCGUGAUCUUUAUGGCAUUGGCAACCAUUUUGCACAAAUGCUUUGGUGAAUCAUGUGCAAUAAGCAGCAGGCGAAACUGAGCUACACUAUUUCAGCCUGCGUAAAAAGAAGUAAUACAUCAGGAAGAAGGUAGAACUAAAAUGCUCCCUGACAUUGAACGUUCUGCAUUUGGGGGACUUAGUUUCAUUUAAAGUUGAAAUGAUGAAAAAAUCAUUCAGCUAUGGCAGGGUGAUCUAAGAGAUUAUUGAUAAAGUUAUCAGCUGCUAAUUUGGAUAUAAUCCAGGUGUCACAAGGCCAAAAGACAUCUAUGUGGCAGUGGCUUUUCUACAAGAAUAUUAUAAAUGUUUAUGAAUAUCACUGAGAGGGCUACACAGCUUCCAUCUUCUGUUACCCUUGCAACUAUCGAUAGAUGAAUAGGGCCAGAUACAAAAGAAACAAAAAUUGCUUCAGAUUUACCUAAGGUUCUCUUGGUUUCCAUAUUCUUUUAUGUAAUUCUCAUGACCUUGAAGCAAAGUUAUUGAGUCUAAGGAAGUUGAGAUGCAAACUGUACUGUGCACUAGCACAUGUAAUAAAGCCUCAAGGCUUUAGCAAGAACAUUUGGUAGAGCAGCAGCACAAGAGAGGGUUAGCCCUUUCCAUCCUAGCUCCAGAGUAUUCUCUGUCCAACAUAUCCCAGCCAGCUGGCUGCCUUUUCUAGGUGGAGUGUUAGAUCCAAAGGGGGAGCCUUCAGCAGAGAAAGUUAUUUUGCACAGAAAAUAGCCAAUGGGGAAGGAUUUAAAUAGGCCUUUUCCUAACCUUUGCUGGCCUUCGAAUCUAGUUCAUCCCCAAAAGAGUGAAAGCCUUGAAACCCUUGUUUCUUUGCAACCACAACCCAACGCUCAGCCUUGUUCCUCUUGUCCUGUUAGGUCCUCUCCUGCACAGUCACUUCUGUUAGAGGACUAGGGGAAGACAUUUUUAAAGCCACAGUAUGAGAUGCUUAAGUCUGUAUCCGCCUCACUUUUUCCAAAACUCCUUGCUAAUUGCAUGCAACCUUGAUCUUCCACCUUCCACUUGUGUUGCGGGAAGUGGAAGGAAGAUGAGGUACCUAGUAUCGGUGGCUCCUGCUCUUUCAUGGUGACUCCUACCCUCAGCACUUUGGGCUUCCAUCUUGUGGAAGUGGCCUACGGCUAUAGCCAUCCUACUUCCUGCUUUUUCUAACGCGCAAACCCUGCUCUUCCAUUCCCCUCUUCCAUUCUCUGGGCAGUGGGUGGCAACCCCUUCCUUUUCAAAAGCACGUACAGCUAUCAGAAAUCAGCCUGUAAAUAUUGCCCACUAGCAUUGGGAGUUGUGUUGAGUGUCUGUUGUACCCCUGGAUGGUCCAGAGCCAAAGGGGAAAUGCUCAUCCCUCUUGUGGCUUAGGUGGUUUGAGGACAGGGAAAUGUUUCUAUCCCUGUGGUGGUGGUUUGAUGGGCUGCUGCAACAGCUUUGUUACUCUUCUUUUGUAGAGAGCACUUAUUUCCCCAAAAACUUGUAAGCCGUUUGAAACAACAAGCAUUUGCUAUUUA